AAUUGUAUCCCAGUUUAACUGUGGUGUAUCUAGUACACCUUUAUUUAGCAAAAUCGUUGGUAAUUCCCGCAGCGUAUAAUACACACCAGCAUAUUUUUGUGGUCUGUGCAGCCGUGAAAUGCUUAAAUACUUGUGAUGUCAUAGUGUUAGGUAACGCUUUGUGAUUGAUCCAGAUAAAGAUCAACGUGUUUACUAACCGAAUAUGAUCUAAUCUGUUUGGGAUAACGCGCGUGAUGAUUGUUCGGUGACAAGGAUAUUGGGUAGAGGAUAUUUACUUUUCACGUAUACUAUGAGGACAGCGGAAAGAAACGCGAACUCAGGUUUUACGGUCCUGUUCACAAUAAUAUUUUUUUUUACAUAUGGGCAGACAGCAUCGCCAUUUGAAGACGACGAAUUGACAGAACCUACAAUAGCGAUAAUGGGAGUACUCGGAGAACGUGUGAAUCUCCCCUGUGAUAUCCACCCGAAUACCACUGAUGAUGAGGUAUCUCUCGUUCUUUGGUAUAAAGACGAUCAUACUACUCCAAUAUACUCUGCAGAUGCUCGCAAAACAAAUCUUCGCAAGGCCCACCACUCACCUGCAGGAUGGCUGGCCCACAGGGCAUACCUAAAAACUGAAGUGUCACCAUCUGUACUACAAAUGACACCCCUACAAGAGGGCGACGAAGGUCUCUAUCGGUGCCGCGUGGACUUUAAGAAAGCUCGCACGAGAAACUAUCAGGUCCAGUUAGGAGUAAUUCUGCCUCCAAGUGAACCUAUCAUCACCGACCAAAAUGGCGAAAUUCUACCAACGAAAAGUGUUAUUGGGCCUUAUAAUGAGGGUGACAAGCUUAUACUUGUUUGUCAAGUUGAAGGAGGAAAUCCGCCUCCUAUGGUGACUUGGUGGAGGGAGUCUUAUCUUUUGGAUGACAACCAUAACGUGUCUAACGGGAUAUCGAAGAACGUGCUUCGGAUACCCUCUCUCACGCGAAACGACCUCAUGGCUACGUUUACUUGCAUGGCAUCCAAUAACAAUAUUUCAUUUCCUGUCUCAGCCAGUGUUAUCAUCGACCUUAAUUUUCGUCCUUUAUCUGUAUGGAUCGAAGGAGAGCAGCGUCCACUUUCAGCUGGGAAAGCGGUUACAUUGGAAUGUCGAUCUUCCGGCUCACGACCACCAGCUCUUAUUGAAUGGUGGAAAGGCGGGAUUCGUAUGAAUUCUACGUCACACAAUGACACUAGUGUCCUAACAUUUGUGCCCACUGCCGAGGACUCUGGGAAGCAUCUAUCAUGCCGAGCAGAAAACUCAUUCAUAAGCAACAGCCGGAUUGAAGAUGGAUGGAAAAUUGAAGUGUACUAUAUUCCUAUUCUUACUCUUCGUUUGGGAAGCAAGCUCAGGCACCAACACAUCCAAGAGGGCAACGACGUGUUCUUUGAAUGCGACAUUCGAGCUAACCCGUUAGUCAAUGAUAUUGGCUGGCGUUUUGAAGGAAAAGAAGUUAACACUAAUACGUCAGCAGGGGUGAUCGUGAGCAAUCAAAGCCUCGUUCUUCAAAAAGUGGAUUUGCGCAAUCGGGGAAGGUAUACCUGUACAGCGGCUAAUGCUCAAGGUAUUGGAGAGAGCAAUGCCGUCGUGCUAAAAGUUCGAUAUGCUCCAAUUUGCGCCAAAGAUCGGAAAACAACGUACGGAGCUGCUCGAAAUGAAGCUGUACGCAUCUUGUGUGAACUGGAAGGAGAUCCUAACGAAGUAACGUUUAAAUGGCGCUUUAACAGGAGUAAAGACCUGGCUUUCUCGUCCAACGUCGACACGAUUGGAAACCGCUCAUGGCUUACUAUUGUUCCCCAAACAGAGGAAGAUUAUGGGCAUGUUAUUUGUUGGGGCAAAAACAGCGUUGGCCUGCAGAGAGAGCCUUGUAUAUUCAACCUAAUACCUGCGAGUCCUCCAGAUCCGGUGCACAAUUGUAGUGUCUUUAAUCAGACAGAAGAAACGUUAACAGUGACCUGUCAAGAAGGAUAUAAUGGUGGAAUCGAACAAUCAUUUCAUAUGGAACUUCGUGAGGCUGAAGAGCGCGUUAUGCGAGAAAAUCUCUCAUUCAAAGCAAAUGUUAAAACUUCUGCUCUAGAAACAUCUUUUGCAAUGAACCAAAAAGCGACAGGCCCUUUAGCUACUACUGUGGUAAUAUCGGCCUCGGGACUAGCUCCCUCUACAACGUAUCUGGUGGCUGUUUGGGCGUCUAAUGCUCGUGGCCAAAGCCCGCCCACAAUGCUCGUGGCUCAUACUAUGACCUCUCCAGUUUCCCUCACCAGACGGGGCCUGUGGCACGUUACCCUAAGCCCUCUACUGUUAAUUCUCAUCUCGGUGGCGAUGGGAAUAUUACUGGUGGCGUUCAUAAUAAUAUUCGUAAUGAAGAUUCGAACUAAACAAGUAAUAAAGAACUCAACGCUAAACAGAGGGGCCUGUGAAGACAAACCUCAACAUUUCCAAAUAAAAAAGAACAUCAUUACUAACUUCGAGCAGUCGCCCUACAGAAAUAAAGAAAAAUGCCCUGAUAUCAUCCCUUCUGAACCUCUAAAUAACUGCCGGUUGGACACAUGCUUGCUCGAUACUUCAAUGCCAAGAAAUGCGAGUCUCCUCCCCUCAGCUAAAAAUGUUGGAGGUGUGACCUGCAGUUUGGUGGGAACUUGCGAACCACCGAAUAGCAUGAUACAGGUGGCAGGGCUAGAGCAAUCUGUAGCACCGUUAUGUACAGGCACUUUGAAAAAUAACGCGUGGAAUACCCGAGUCACGAUCCAUGAAAUGCAUGCACUGCGCAUUCAGCAGCCCGUCUUAUCUUCAGUGAACUAGCGUAGGGCAAAUUUGCCUCAACACGAUAAAUCUCAUUUGACCCUACAGAGUCCUAUACCGCUUAGAGAUAACUCUUCUUAAGCUUGGUGUAGAAUGGAGUCAAUCUUUUUGCCAUAUUUAAUAAGAGCUUUUGCGUUCUCGAACACGCCAUCUUUGGAAGAACGUACUUGCAGACUUAGAAGUUUUGAGCACUGACAGCCCGGCUAAAACCUGGUAUAUCGUACUCAUUAAUUAAGAACUGAAUAUCUUUUAGUUUUUCAGAAUCGUUAUGAACGUCAGUACGUUGUUUCUAGCUUGGUAUUCAAAUAAUUCACGAAAUUGCUUUUAACAUAAUGUAGGAUAUCAUGUUUAACAGUUUGCCUUCUGAUCGGUGAUAUUACUUCAAUAUAAUCAGUAACAAUUUUACCUUACCUAACAAGCUUCUAAUUUCUUUUAUGCUUGUCAAAGCUGUUGUUGCUUGUGACAUAUAUGUCAAUUAAUAGAUUAUCUUAGACAUUUUGGUAAUUUUUUCUAUCCUUUUACUUAGUUGCCCGAUUUUACUAUUAUUAUUUAUUCCGAGAAGUAAGGUUCUUAUGUACCGCAGACCGGUCUGACUUCAGUCGGUUUAUCUGUAUACUUACUUUAUUAAUUACUAUUACUUAUUGAUCCAGUUUGAAGUUUAGUGGAGUAAUAAUCUGCGUUCACAUGACUUCAUUCUGUGAAGGUGGAAUGGCCCGUUACUAAGCAUUAUUGUCCUGUAGUUUAGACUGGCCUUAUCUUAACUAGCGAAAUGUCUACACAUUGGACUGCAUGAUGAUACGCCGAGCUGCAUCAUUCACUAUUGGCUAAAAAAGACUGCUCUAUCGGUUACUCUAUGGUGAAUCUUAGAGGCGUUCGAAUUAGCCUGCCUUACACUCUACCUGACAUUUGGAAAAUAAGAAUUUCAAAGAAUUAUUAUAUACUGAGAUAAUUAUAGAAUAAUUCGAAGUGACAUCCUUCAGAUAAUAAAAAAGCUGGUAUUUUUGUUUCACCUUACGGUAUAUAUUAUAUGUAGCACUUAGGACGGUUGCCAACGUGAUCGAACACACCGCUUUAACGGCGCAUCUGUUUGUUCGCACUUUUUAGUGAUAUUCGCAUUUGCCCGUUUUCAAUAUUUCCAGCUACUUUAACAGCCACUUACGCUGACCUGGAGUACUGGAUGGAUUCACUACCGCAAGCUCUCAAAUGUGUUACGCCUCAUUUUCUACCAGCCUAGAGGCCUAUCAGAUCUUUGGCAUUACAGCACAAAUGAAGAGUCUCAAAUAUUUAUGUGGAUAUCGACUCCGAAUAUAUGCCAUUUCUCCAGGCAGUACUAGGCUUCCAAUGGGGUAUUGGUGCUAACAGGCUGCAGCCUUUGUAAAAAUGAAAUGAUGUGUUAUUGUUUUUGCUUGAAGUUUGAUAUAUGCAGUGAUUGUGACAUAAUAGCUGUAUAAGUAAGAAUAAAGAAGUUGUG